UCUCGCUCUGAUUUGCCUCACCAGGUCUAUCACUCUCUCUGUUUCUCUCUCUCCUCUCUCCUCUCCUCUUCUCGGGUAUGGUGAGGAUGACUCUGGGAGCUCUGGCACUGUUUGUAGCAGUGUGUGGAGUGUCCAGUUUUGUGUUGCUGGGGGUGGCCAUAGGGACAGACUACUGGUACCUGAUAGAUGUCGCUCAGAGGGAAAACAUCUCCAACCUCUCUCUCAACUCACACUCAGGACUGUGGAGGACCUGCAACUCCCAGAAGCUCUGUCAGCCAUUCGUCAACCCGUUUGAAGGCGGACAAAACGUCACAGACUCUUACAGACAACUUUUAAAUAUGCACGGGACAUUCAUGGUGUUGCUUCCUCUCAGCAUGAUCAUCAUGGUUGUCGGGGGACUGAUGGGGUUCAUCGGCCUGCUGGCCAGAGCUUACCUACUACUGCUGAUGACUGGUGUACUGUUACUACUGGGAGCUCUGUCCUCACUAACAGGGGUGAGUGUGUACAUGGCCUACUCUGCUGCAGUCUUCCAGGAGGCUCUGUGUCUGGCUGAGCAGAUGGGGGUCAAUAUGGAGGGGGUCCAGAUCCUGUUUGGCUGGUCUCUGGUCCUGUCCUGGAUCUCUAGUGGAACACAGCUAUUCACCUCUGCUGGCUUCCUGCUGGCCUGCAGAACCAUCACUACACAGAGACAGGAACUGAAAUUAUGAGACAUGGAGGGAGGGGGAGAGAGAGGAGGAGAGAGAGGGAGGAGGCUUCCUGCUGGCCUGCAGAACCAUCACUACACAGAGACAGGAACUGAAAUUAUGAGACAUGGAGGGAGGGGGAGAGAGAGGAGGAGAGAGAGGGAGGAGGCUUCCUGCUGGCCUGCAGAACCAUCACUACACAGAGACAGGAACUGAACUUAUGCGACAUGGAGGGAGGGGGAGAGAGAAGGAGCGAGAGAAGCAGGAGGAGGAGAGAGAGGGAGGAGGAGAGAGAGGGAGGAGGCUUCCUGCUGGCCUGCAGAACCAUCACUACACAGAGACAGGAACUGAAAUUAUGAGACAUGGAGGGAGGGGGAGAGAGAGGGAGCGAGAGAAGCAGGAGGAGGAGAGAGAGGGAGGAGGAGAG